UUUUUAGAGUGAUGUGGAGAUGCAUUUGGUUUUCAGUGUAUGUUUGGUUGCUGGGAAAUGUGAGGAAAAAUGGAAGUUGAGGAAUUCAUGUUUUAGUUUUGAAAAGGGAGGAAAAAUGUAAAGAUCGCUGAACCAUUUCAGGUGGUUGUGGUUGAUUACCUGAGUAUAUUUUGUGAUCUUUUGCAUUUUGGCAUUUACGUGAGUAGGAAAUUGGGCUCUAAAAAAUUCAAUUGUUGGAAUUCUUUAUUCAAGUCAAUAGGGCAAAAGCAACUACUGGUUUGAGGAUUCUGAAUUGUUAGUGAAGUUUUCCUGAAAUUUGGGAUGUCUUUUAGCGGACGGGCCAAGAUUCUGUGAAGAUUGGGAUGUUUUUAGUGGACGUUUUCAAGAGUGGACCGCUUUUCAUAUCUUCAAAAGGAAUAGGUUGGAAGUCUUGGAAGAAGCGCUGGUUUAUCCUGACACGCACUUCAUUGGUUUUCUUUAAGAGUGAUCCUAAUGCUCUGCCGCAGAGAGGUGGUGAAGUAAAUUUGACUUUAGGGGGCAUUGACUUGAACAAUUCAGGGAGUGUUGUUGUUAGAGAAGACAAAAAACUCUUAACAGUAUUGUUUCCUGAUGGGCGUGAUGGGCGAGCGUUUACCCUUAAGGCUGAGUCAUCAGAGGAUUUGUAUGGAUGGAAGACGGCUCUAGAACAAGCUCUUGCCCAAGCACCAAGUGCUGCCCUUGUUAUGGGUCACAAUGGGAUUUUUCGGAAUGACACAAGUGAUACAAUGGAAGGGUCUUUCUGUCAGUGGAGGGAUAAGCGUACUGUUAAAUCUUUGGUUGUUGGACGCCCAAUUUUGCUUGCAUUAGAAGAUAUAGAUGGAGGUCCGUCCUUCCUUGAGAAAGCUCUUCGAUUUCUGGAAAAGUUUGGAAUCAAAGUAGAAGGAAUUUUGCGACAGUCUGCAGAUGUUGAGGAAGUAGAUCGCAGAGUUCAAGAAUAUGAACAAGGAAAAACUGAAUUUGGUGCUGAUGAGGAUGCUCAUGUUGUUGGUGACUGUGUUAAGCAUGUUCUACGGGAGCUGCCCUCAUCUCCAGUUCCAGCGUCAUGCUGCACUGCAUUGCUGGAAGCUUAUAAAAUUGAUCGGAAGGAUGCUAGAGUUAGUGCGAUGCGUUCUGCAAUAUUAGAGACAUUUCCUGAACCAAACCGGCGUUUAUUACAAAGAAUUCUCAAGAUGAUGCAUGCAAUUUCUUCUCAUGCUUCUGAGAAUCGGAUGACUCCUCCUGCUGUUGCUGCUUGCAUGGCACCCUUGUUGUUGCGCCCUCUUUUAGCCGGUGAAUGCGAGCUGGAGGAUGACUUUGACAUGAAUGGUGAUAGCUCUGCCCAGCUUCUUGCUGCUGCAAAUGCUGCUAAUAAUGCUCAAGCCAUCAUUACGACUCUUCUGGAGGAGUAUGAGAACAUUUUCGAUGAUGACAAUCUACACAGAUGCUCUAUAUCAGCAGAUUCUCGGAUUGAAAACAGUGGGAGUGAAGAUUCAACAGAUGAUGAAAACAUAGACAUGAGAGACAAUGGUUACCAUGAUGCAGAAAAUGAAGUUGAUCCAGACACUGAAGAUGAUCCUGAACGUGUGCACAGUGGCAAAUUGAGUGAAAGCAGUGGUUAUGCUGGCAGUGAUCUUUAUGACUAUAAGGCAUUUGGGGGUGAUGAUUCAGAUGUUGGAUCACCUACAGAUAAUCGUGCUUCAGAAGUGAAUUCAAAUUUACUUGAUUCUCAACCAGUUAGGGACUCGAAUAUUCAAAUUAUUGAGCAACAAGAUAAACAGAAUAAAGGAAGUGAAAGCUCAAUUAAUGAGAUGGACAGUCCGAGCAUUUUACCAGCUGUUGAAUCUCAAAGAUCAAUGGGGGAGAUUCUGGCUUCAAUGGAUCCUGGGCUUCCUCUGCCUGUCUCUGGACUUGAAUCAGGUGCUGAGAAGGCAGUUGGUAAACUUACAAGCUCAAAUCCUAAUGGGAAGCGAUCAACAUUUUGGGGAAGAAGCACGGCUAGAAAGACACCAUCAACAGAAUCAGUUGAUUCAUCUGGGGAAGAAGAACUUGCUAUUCAGAGGCUUGAGAUUACAAAAAAUGACUUGCGGCACAGAAUUGCCAAGGAGGCCAGAGGAAAUGCAAUUUUACAGGCUAGCUUGGAGAGAAGGAAGCAAGCUUUGCAUGAGCGACGUUUGGCACUUGAACAAGAUGUUUCAAGACUUCAAGAGCAGUUGCAAGCUGAAAGAGAUCUUAGAGCUGCAUUAGAGGUUGGUCUGAGUAUGCCCUCUGGACAGUUUUCCAACUCACGUGGUAUGGAUUCCAAGACAAGGGCUGAACUUGAGGAGAUUGCUCUUGCUGAAGCAGAUGUAGCCCGGUUGAAGCAGAAAGUUGCAGAACUGCAUCAUCAGCUCAAUCAGCAACGACAACAUCACUACGGUUCCCUCUCUGAUGCAUGUGACCGUUAUCAAAAUGUGCAAAACCACAGUUCUCAACAGAAAUUUCUUCAGCAGGAUUUUGACACGACCCUUGCUUUUUGUAAUCAUGAAAGAAAACAAAGAACUGAGGAGAGUGUAUUGGGAUCAGAUUGGAGGAAUAUCAAGGGACAUGUAUUAGCAUCCGGCAGCAGCAGGCCGUCUUCUCGGAAGCAAUUUUUAGACUCAUCUAACCUCAGUGAUUCCAGAAGUACCGAGGCAUCCACGAGUAUUUCCAUGGAUGAUAUUUGUGCUGUUGAUUCUGCUUCCAUGCCUUCCACCUCAAGAGCAGCCGAGGUGUUGGAUUAUCCCAGACAACCAUCAACUGCAUCUUCAGCUUUGGUAGAAUUGACAACCCGUCUUGAUUUCUUCAAGGAACGACGUUCUCAGCUCAUGGAACAGCUCCACAACCUUGAUUUGAACUACAGCACAUCUUCACAGGGCUUUACGCCUUCACAAGGCUUUACAUCUUCACAAGGCUUUACGUACAAACCACCAUCCCCACAAUGGCACUGACUGAAGACUGAAGAGGAAGAUCAUGAGAACGAGUGCUCAAUAUCUUGCUGUCUGUAUAUCCUUGCACCAUUGCAUAUAGCCUGUUAUCCCCUGUAAUCUUAUGUACUCUACUUAGUAUUCACCAUCUCCUCACCAAACCUUUGUUUCCUUUUCAUAUUUUAUUUUUAAUUUUCCUACUGAGAAUGUGGUCGGAUUUCUGAUGUGGGCAGGUGUCGGCUUUCCUUUUCCUUUUUAUUUCUUUGGGUUCUUUAUCAUUAUUUUUUCUUCUCAGACUGUAUAAGUAUUUUCUUGUGUCAAUAGUAGUUGGGUUUGUAUUUUAUUCAACAAACAUCUUCUCAAGGACACCAAACUUUUCCCAACCAUUCUUGUAUUCUAUAUUCAGUAGACUUUUAGUUCA